UGUUAUCCCAGAUUGCUUAGCGCAGCGAGAGAGAAAAUGGUUGUUUCCGCAGCUCUGAAGGAUUAACUUUCUGUGCAGUCUAGUUCGUAUGCAAUUUGAUGAUAACAGUGGCUCUUGAAAAAUGGUUAAUGUCUUAAAAGGAGUUCUUAUUGAAUGUGACCCAGCCAUGAAACAAUUCUUGCUGUACUUGGAUGAUACAAAUGCUUUGGGGAAAAAAUUUGUAAUUCAAGACCUGGAUGAAAUUCAUCUAUUUGUCCUGGCUGAAGUGGUCCAUAUCUUACAAGAAAAAGUUGGAGACUUAAUGGAUCAAAACUCAUUUCCAUUAAUGCAGAAGUAAAUUGGUCAGGAGUUAUUGAAAUGGCUCAGACUCCUUUUUUCUUUUGUAACAGCUGGUUAUCAGUUAAUCCUAAUGUUAAAAUAGGAGUGUAACAGAGCAAAAUGCUAUACAAAGAUUUUCGGCUAAAAAUUGUUUUGGUAUUUGAAAGCAUUUUUAUGAACUGGAUAGUUUUUACUGGACCUAAAGGUUGAUCUACGAUUAAUGUGCAUUUUACUCCAGGGGAGUCCAGAGAUGCUCUCACAUGUAAUGGAAAGUGGAAUGCCCAUUUGGGGACACUAUGUUGCUACUUCAACAUAUUAUGCAUGACUUUGCUAAAGACUUGUGCUCAUUAAGCUAUUAUUAUUCCCAUAUUAUUCAAACAAAUCUCCAAAAUAUUCAUUUAUCUCUGCAUCCCACCACCACUGCAUACUUUCAAUGAAUGAACAUAAAUGACACUCAUCCUUUUCCUUGUUUACCUUGGUUGAGGCCACCUCUUGUUGAUGAUCUCAAAUACACAUUAAUUUGCAAUUUGCAAAACAUCCUUAGCCCAUGUUUGAAGGUAUUUGGGUCCCUUGCAUUGCAAUUAAUUCUCAUUUUCAUAACAGUACCUUUUAUGUUAAGUUAUUUUAGUAUUAUAAACAGAUUGGAACCCAGGUAAGUACCUCUCACUUCAAGAGCUAUUGCCUCAACUUUCUCUACAUUUAUUGCUAGCUCACUUUUAGAUUAUCUAUCUUCAUUUAUUGAACGUUCCAUUAGUCCUAUUUUUAUGAGAAGUGGCUCUAAGUAAAUUGAUAAAAUGAACAGUACUAAGGAUAGAUUAUAAUUGCAGGAACACAUAUUUUUCUUAAUCUGUAUUGUAGAGUGCAUUGACUUUUGUAAAGUCAUAAAUGUUAAAGCUGUGCAAACUUCUCACAGCAAAAUCCAAGAAAAUCCUCCAAGGCAAUUCAUAUGUAUUAAAGAACAUAUUUGGACCCUAACCAAGCAGCUAUUGAACUUAGCUUUCGCUUCAUGAGUUUUACUUUAAAUUGUUGCACAUAAGUUGACCAGAUAUAUACAAUUCCUUUGUACCAAAAUACAUAUUUCAACCUAUACUUGUAAAUCAACCUUCCACUUCUGAUAAAUUUCAGUCUGCCUGGAUUGUACCAUUUUGAAAAGCAUUUUUAAAAAAUAAUUCAGUCUCAUACAAUUGGGAAACCUUAUUGAAUGCUAAUGAUAAGACUAAAGAUUUACAACUUUAAACAAAAGAAUCACAUUGAAACAAUGAGAAUUUACAACAAAAUGUAUGUGAAACUUCUAGAAUUUCAAUGAAUUUUACAGUAAAAAGAGAAAUGAAUUGAUCUGUUGUGCCAAUACAUCAUGGUAUUAAUAUUUUGCUUGCCAUUUUAUAUGAAGUGUGAAAUUGUGUAGUGGACUACGCUCUAGAUGGCACAUGUACAUUGCUGUAACCCACGGUUGUUUUGUGAGAACCUUGUUAUUCAUUGAAGUUUGAGGCAAGGUCGAUGCAAAAACCACUUGUAGUCAACUGAAGUUUGGUAUCUAAAGAAUGAGUCAUUUAGUGAAUGAAAUGUUUUUGUUUUUGUUUUUGAUAUGACUAAUUUGUGUUUAGGAACAUAUAUUUUUCUGAAAGAUCAAUGCAUAAUAUAAGUUGAUGGCCCCUAUGUAUGGUCUUCAUCGGUAAAUUAGAAUGCAAAGGGAAGGAAAGCCUGAAUUCUGCCAUCAAAUUUAAUGUUUGGUACAUUUGAUUUUUUUUUUCGUUAGGUGUUAUAUUAUGAGCAGAAAGUGAUUUGUUUUGAAAACAGAUGUUAAUUUGGAAAGUCAAGAUUUAUUGUAGAACAAACUGGAUUUAUUAAAAUAAAAAUCUUCCAUUUUACUCAAAAAA